AUGAGCGAUGCCCUUGCUAUCCUUGACGGUGCCGCCGCGUGUGUGUCGGCGUUACUGAUGCCGGAAGAACUCGGGACGUUAAUUCGUUUUCUGCGUGGGGAAUCGUGGGAUGAGGUGCCACCAUCAAAAACAACAUCGUCUUCGUCGGCAUUGUUAUCCACAACGGCCAAAACGGCGACCACAACGACGGCUGCCGUGAGGGAUGGUGAGGAUACUCCGCGGCGCAUUCCAAAUGCUCUGACGGGGUGCUACAAUUACAUUCCAUUGGCAAUUGCGGCGGAGUUGUCACUUCUUUCCAUGUCAUCAUCCGGCGAGAGAUCUGCUCUUGUGCACAAAUUUGAGAGAAACGAAUUUCGUGUGUUUGCCGUUAAUCUUCUGCCGGAGAGUCGUAUGGCCGACUAUUCCUUGCAUCAAAAAGGUGGGAGCAGCAGCGCCAUUGUUCGUCUGAGUUGCAUGGAGGCGGUGCGGGCCUGGUGUGACGCCGUGUAUGCUGAGAAGGAUGGAGUUUCUUCCCGAAGCCCAGUCAUGGCUGCCAAACGUCACCGGCGCGAGGAAACCGCUUCAACCGCGGAUGUGCCGUCACUAUCAUCCAUAUCGAAGGGUAAAUUCAAGUCAGGGCCAAUUAAGCGGCGGGCUCUUUUUAUUUUGAGCUGCUGCGCGAAUGAAAGCGCCGCACGUCGCGGUGACAUAAAUCGAUCCCGACGUUCAUGUGAUUCGUUGAUGAAGUUUCUCCAUGAAAUCAGCGCCAUUGCGGCGUUGUGUCGCGCCAGAGAAGCCACACACGGGGCUCGUAUCGAAUUUUCCGUCUUGCUGCUUCCAGACGACCUCGCGUACGGCGGCGCCCUCCUGGAAGAAGCCCUGCGGGAGCCACUCUGUCGUGAGUUCUGCGUGCAGCUUUUUCAUGGUUCCAUCACCGGCGUGACCCGUCACGACGAUGCGGAGGCGACGGCGUUCAUUCGUCGUCUUGAGACUUGGAUGAAUGUGCCGACGGCCCCUCCACGCACCACUGAGGCCAACACUCACGCCGAUGGGAAAACAGAAAGGGUGACGGAAGAAAAACAGCGGCACUCACAACAGCAGGAUCAACCGCAGCAGCAGCAGCAGCAGGCCGCUGCAGCACAUGUGGAACUGGCAGAUAAGACACGGCAGCGGGAGUCAAGUUUUUUCUUUGUGCGUCGGGAAAAUCUACCGCUCUGUUGUUUUUUGCGAGAGGCACUUCGUCGUUUCCCUGUCAUCUUGCAUCCGAUGGCGCUCCGGCUGCUUCAGGCGUUGUGGGCGACACGGCGUCAACUUGGUGACGUUGUAACAGGUCUCCAUGCGCUGCUAUGCCCCUUUGCCCAUUCCGCGUCCGCGCGUGAUCGUUGUGCCUCUUCCCCCUUCUCCGUGCGGUUGUUUUCCGCAGGGGCAUCGACGACGAAUACCACUGCAAACAAGAGAAACAGGGGUGAUGGUAUGUCUCGUCAUGUAGACACAGUAGAUAUUCUCAACGCCAUUCUUGCCGCAGCGGGACAGUUGGCUGAUGGACAAUUGUUGAAUGAGGCGGUAGCAUUCGCUGUGUUGUACGAGGAUAUUGUGUGGAAGCGGUCGAUGCGUCUGCAGCGUAUACCGGGUGUUGUGUCGGUGUUAGAGCAACUGUGGCGGAGGUGGGGCAAUGAUACAGACAUGAUCUUCCAAGAGGCAUUGGCAUUAUGCGUGCCGGUGUACACACCCAGCAGUACGCUUCAGAAUGAGUCGUAUCAGAAUGCGCAGGAAAAUGUUGCGGAGGAUACAAGGGCAGUUGUUGCAAUACCCGCGGCGAUGCGGGCGCCUGCGGCGAAGAUGCCGCUUGGAGCCGAGUUGAUGCACUCUGCCCUGCUUGCCGUAUUACCGCCAGAGGAAUCAUUAGAGGAGUUGAAGGGUGUAGUGGGCCAAGACGGUGGCCAUGGAUGCCCGAGCUGGUUAAAGGGCGAGAAUUGUCAUGACAAGAGCGGUGCGAUAGCGAUGCGGGAGUUUUCAUUGUCUGAGAACAAUUUUUUUAACCCGUCCAUUCCGGACUCUGUGCGUCUGUUGCAUCUCCUGACCUCCCAUGCGUUGGGGCAGGGGAACUCCAGACAGAAGUACGUUUCAUUUGAGGUGCUGCAGCGAAUCUGUCAGAUCUCCGACGAGGCGCUCGUGCGGGCAUUGAAGGAGCUGCAGCUUGCGGGGAUGGUUAAAUUGAACGGGCGUGAGUUCAAGGCAAGAGUGGUUCUGGACAACAGUUAA